AUGCUGAAAUCCGUUUCUGUGAUAGAGGAUGAUCUUUUGCAGUUGACUCGAGAUCUCGGAAAUGCCAAUAAGACUGGAGUUAAACUACACACUUUGGAGAUGCUACAGGAAAUAGAGAGACGGGCGCAUGAGCACGACGAAUGUUUGAAUAACUUGGCCACCAUUAUGAAGGAUGGUGCCAUGCGACCUGCUGGUCCUACAUCAGAUAGUGCAAUGCGACCUGCUGGUCUUACAUCAGAUGGUGCCAUGCGAUCUGCUGGUCCUACAUCAGAUGGUGCCAUGCGAUCUGCUGGUCCUACAUCAGAUGGUGCCAUGCGACCUGCUGGUCCUACAUCAGAUGGUGCCAUGCGACCUGCUGGUCCUACAUCAGAUGGUGCCAUGCGAUCUGCUGGUCCUACAUCAGAUGGUGCCAUGCGAUCUGCUGGUCCUACAUCAGAUGGUGCCAUGCGACCUGCUGGUCCUACAUCAGAUGGUGCCAUGCGACCUGCUGGUCCUACAUCAGAUGGUGCUCUGCUGUCCGCUGGUCCUACAUCAGAUGGUGCCAUGCGACCUGCUGGUCCUACAUCAGAUGGUGCCAUGCGAUCUGCUGGUCCUACAUCAGAUGGUGCCAUGCGACCUGCUGGUCUUACAUCAGAUGGUGCCAUGCGACCUGCUGGUCCUAUAUCAGAUGGUGCCAUGCGAUCUGCUGGUCCUACAUCAGAUGGUGCCAUGCGAUCUGCUGAUCCUACAUCAGAUGUUCCAAUUCGGUCUGGUGAUUAUACAUCGGAAGCUGAUGAAAAUUACGUGAUUGUAUCUCGGACACGUCAACCACUGGCUUCGGUGUCGUCAUUAGUGUUGUUGGAAAGCUUCUCUCAUCGAGUAAUUUAUGCAUUUUGA